AUGACUGGUGAACCUGAUGAAGAUGAUGAUAACGCUGAAGAGGGAGCCUCUAUGCGUGAACGACUACAGAAGACCCCGACGAAAGAACGAUUCUACGAACUUGCACCUGAUAAGGUUAAUACUGAGGCUAUGGUUAAGAAUCUCGUUAUUGAACGAGAUGAAGCUAUUACUCAUCGAGACAUUGCCAUUCGUGAGCGUGGUGACCUUACUUUCCGACUUAUGAAUCUCCAGAACCAGACUGGCACCGACGAACCGAUUGCGGGGGCCGCUGCUACCCGAAAAUCUACGAAGAUGCCUGACGCCCCGAUGCUGAAUGACGGAAAGGAAGUUCGAUUCGAAACCUGGGAAACCGUGAUCCGCCAGAAACUUAAAGCAAACGCCGACCAUUACCCGUUACCAGUUCACCGAAAACUCUACGUACAGAGCCGUUAUGAAGGGAAGGCUCAGCUACAUAUUACACCUCGUCUCAACGCAGAGUCAAUGAACCCGUACCGUGACUCUGAAGAUAUGAUCGCCCACCUGAAAACUGUCUUCGCGAACCCGAACCUGAACCAGGAUACCGUUUUGUUCGACACAUUCACUCAGAGUUACCAGAGCAUGUCCCAUGAGAUCAAUCUUCAGCAGGAAGCAAAGUCCACCUCACGUACCCGGCCUACGAUCCUAGCUACCGGCGGAAGCGGUGCGCUUACCACGAAUCAGUCAAAUACUCCUCGUGUGAAGCGGGAGUACACUCCUAGCCUAUUAAUGUCCGAGAGAGAAACCUUAAUGAAAGAAGGUCGAUACUUUAACUAUAAGGAACAAGGACAUAUGACCCGUGAUUGCCCGAAGAAGAAGUUAAACCCUCCGACGAUUGCCGCCACCGCUCCCCGUGUGAAUGAGGUCGCAGAACUGGAAUCCCAUGUCAAUGAUAAUCAGGGAAAAGCCAGUGCCUAG